AUGGCCUUCAUAAACCCAGCUGUGUUAGAAGGGGCGCGGAUGGUGGCCAGGCAAUCUCGUCGAUAUUCGGGAUUCGGAUGGGUCUUUAACACGUCAUAUAGGAUCAUCGUCGGAGUGAAGUACUGCUUCCGCUACAAUGCGCGAAACCGUCAGAUGCGUCUGGCGGAGGAUGGCGAGCCGAUAAACAUGGAAAACAUGCCUCGCCCGCACCGCCGCCGCCGCGAAAAGAAGUUGAUGACUAUGGACGAAGUCAACGAAAAGUUUCCCAUGCUGAAGUACAAGACCUGGGUUGCGAGCCGCGCACAGGAAGGUCUUCCAACCCGAGGCGGCGUGUCGGUUUCUCCGAGCCGGGCAAACAGUAUCCACGAUGCAGACGGAAUCGCGCCAGAGUUACCCUCGAAGGAGCGAGUCUCAACAGAAGAUCGGCCGACGACAAGCGUGACCUCAACCUCUAAGCCUGAACAGAACCCGCAGCCCGUCCUCAAGGAGAGCACUUCAAGCGCAGUUGAUGCGGCACCCCGGGCAUCUACCGAUUCUAAAUUCGUCCCUACUGUUUCUGAGACUGCGAUUGCGGGUAAGGAAGUGAACCGGGCGUCUCAAGACGACGAGGACGACGAGGACGAACACAUAAACGCCGCCUUGCCACCCGAGUGCAUGGGAACUUCGGGUGACACUUGCGCUAUCUGCAUUGACACAUUGGAAGAUGACGACGAUGUGCGUGGCUUGACGUGCGGUCACGCCUUCCAUGCGGCCUGCCUGGACCCGUGGUUGACGAGUAGGAGAGCGUGCUGUCCACUGUGCAAGGCCGACUACUAUACCCCCAAGACCCGCCCGCCAGCUGCCGAACCGGGUGAUGCUGCGGGUGGUGCUGUGGCUACCCCUUUCUCCGAAUCCCGUGGUAAUCGGAUGAAUAUGCCGAACCGACCUCGGCAUACAUUCCUUGGUCUCAGACGACCGGGGAGAAUGAUGGGUACCAACCAGCUUGCUGUCAGGACUCGAACCGCCGAAUCGACUGCAGCGCAGCCCCACAAUGCGGACCGUCCUCGCCUCUUUGGCCGGCCAAGGCAAGGGAACGUGACCCCAUCAUCGCCGUCCUCGCCCACCUCGGUCGCCACUACGCAGUCACCCGACAGACCUGGAAAUGGCAGUUUCUUCUCGGGCUUCAGAACUACUUUCCCCAACAUUCUUGGAAACAGGGGGCGAAACAGCCAGCCGCGAUCCGACGCGGCGACAGCUUCCAGUGCUAGCCAGGGUGUGUCGCCGUCAAACCUUGAAGCUGGAGUUCGCACCACAGCUAGUUGA